AUGGCGCCCACCAUCACCGAGCUCGCGAAGCGGUACUACUACAACUGCGGCUACAACAGCGUAUGCUACAGCAACCGCUGGUAUGACUGGGGCCGUUGGGUCGUCGUCGGCGUCGUCAUCUUCGUCAUCUUCUUGGUCUUCCUCACCUGCAGCUGCAUCGCCCGCCGCCGCCGCCGCCGCGGCACCCAACCGAUAUACGGCACCGGCUGGAUGGCCGGUGGCAAGCCUAGCGGGCAAGAUGGCCAGCCGAUGAACGGGUACCAGUCGGGCUACAACCCUCAAGCCUACGGGCAACCCGGCCAGAACGCGGGCUUCGCCCCUCCACCGCCCGCGUACGGGAACCAGCAGCAUCCCCAAUACACAGGCACGACCUUCAACCCCAAUGAUGGCUACUACGGCCAGCAGCAGUACGGUGUUCAGCAACCUGCCAGCGCCUACCAACCGGAGACGACGUACGCACCCCCCACCGGCCCCCCGCCGGGCAAGUAA